AUGACGGUGAAGAAGACUCAGCCCCUGCAGGAUGGAAGUGCCAAGGAGAACGUGCUGCAGAGGGUGCUGCAGCUGCCCGUGGUGAGCUCGACAUGCCAGACGCUGCAGCGCAAGUACAGCAGCACCAAGGAGUCGCACCCGCUGAUGGCCUCGGUGUGCGAGGUGUACGAGCGGGGUGUGCAGGGCGCCGGCGCCCUGGCCAUGUGGGGCAUGGAGCCCGUGGUGCGCCGCCUGGAGCCACAGUUUGCUGUGGCCAACAACCUGGCUUGCCGGGGCUUGGACCAUCUAGAGGAGAAGAUCCCUGCUCUGCAGUACCCUGUUGACAAGCUCGCAUCUGAACUGAAGGACACCAUCUCCUGCCCCCUCCAAAGCGCCAAAAGCACCAUUGGCAGCUCCAUGGAUAAGAUCAUUGAGCUGGCAGCAGAGGGUUAUGAGGCCACCAAGAGCACAGUGGAAACAACAGCCAAGUACACAAGGAAGAACUCAGUGACCCAGAUGGCAGCUGCAGGGGUCGACACAGCCCUGGGAGGGCUGGAGAAGCUGAUGGAAUACUUGCUGCCAGAGGAGGAUGAAGAAGCAGAUAAGAAGCCCAAAAAGAAACGUCUGUCAACACCAAAGGUGUCCCAGCAGCAGCCCAGCACUAGCACAACCACUCCCAGCACUCCCAGUGCUCCCAGGGCUCCCAGUGCUCCCAGGGCUCCCAGUGCUCCCAGGGCAUACAGCGCAUGCAGCACACCCAGCACUUCCAGCGCUCCCAGUGCUCCCAGUGCUCCCAGCACCCUGGGCCGGAUUGGUGCUUUGGUCAGCACCGUGUCUCACCGCGCUUACCAGCAAACCACCCAAAGCCUCCAGCGUGCCAAAACCAAAGGGCAGGAGCUGGCCUCCUGGAUCCCCAUCCUGGGAAGCCUGGCCAAGCCGAGUGCCCCUGCAGCCCCCCAGGCCCGCAGUGACGGGCAGGGCAGCACGGGCUGGCUGACCCGGCGCCACAGCAAGGCACCCGAGCAGAAGCAGGAGAAGGCAGGCAAGAAAGACACCAACCACACCCAGGACCCCGGGCUCGUGGGCAGCGUGGCUCACAACCUGCAAAGCGCCUGCGCCUCGGGCAUCUCCAGAGUGAAGAAGGUGCCAGCCGUGGCCUGGGAUGCAGCAGAGGGCUUGAUCCUCUUCACCCCCCGCAGGCUGUCCAGGGCCAUGGAGACUGUGGAUGCUCUCGGGGGGACCCUCGUCAGUGCCCCUAAGCAUCUGCUGGGCACCCUGUACAGCUACGUGCCGCUCCGCAGGCAGUCGGUGAAGGAAGAAGAAGCAUCCAGGGCCAGCAAGACCAACAUGGAGAAGAAAGAGAAGAAGGAGGAGGAGGAGGAGGAGACCAAGCCCGCUGCCCCCUCCACUGAGGAGAAGUCCCAGCUGAGGAGUGACUGGCGGCUGUACCGUGGCCAUCACCCCCUGUCCUUCCUGGGGCUCGAGGACCCCCUGUUCCUGCGGCACGGCUACUACCGCAGCCCUGCCCUGGAGCCCGAGUACCCAUUCCCAAGGAAAUCCGCCUUCUCCCCCUACAACAGGAGGGUGAGCGAGGGCUCCUACCGCUUCAGCCCCGAGUCCAUGUACAGCCGGGCCUACUACGGCAGCCUCUACAGCCCUGUCUACAAGAAGGACUGAACCAGCGGGCGGGACAAGCAUCCCAGCC